CUUUUUAUCCGCGAAUCCACAAUCUUGUGAAACAUGCCAUAUCCAUUUCGGGGUGUUGAUCGGAGCUGCUAGUUGGAAAACAAGUAUCGUUUACCACGCGCCAACGAAAACCAUGUUGUGGAUCAUGCAAGCUCGCUUUUGGUUCACCGUUCCUACUGUGUACCUACUGUUUUCGACACUUUCUCGUUACGUUCAUGCUGCGGACGGUAAUGGGGUUCACAUCGCUUACCUCACAGACUGCACUAUGUACAGCGACUGGCAAACAGUGGGUAUGGUUUUCAGCUACAAACGAUCACGUCAGCCUCUGGACUCACAGCUGACGCGAAUUAUGUGUUGCACGGAUGAGGAGCGGAAACGCUACAACGAGCAGCUUUUGUCCAUUGUCCAGACACACGUCGCGCCUUCGUUUGCCCAUAAUGAGAAAACGGACGAUUGGUAUGCUGCGUACAAUAAGCCAGGUGCUGUUUAUGACUGGCUCAAGCACGUCACUCCGAAGGAGGACUGGGUCCUGGUGCUGGAUUCGGACAUGUAUCUCCGCAAGCCCUUCUACCCACAAUUUUUUAAUGCCACACGCGGCUGGUGCGUUUCGGCCGAUUACACCUAUAUGAUUGGGGUUAACAAUGAGCUGGCGGUUAGGCACAUACCGGAGAUUGAGCCACGGAAUGAUGAGCUGGCGGGACCGGUGGGCCGUCGCGGCGACCAGGUUGGUGGGUUCUUCUUCAUGCAUCGUGACGAUCUCAGUCGCGUGGCUCCCUUAUGGCUCAAGUAUACUGAGGACGUGCGUGAGGACCCGGAGGCGUGGAGGUUGAGUGGUGACCAAUAUGUGGAGAAAGGUGGAAAGCCCUGGAUUUCUGAGAUGUACGGUUAUGCGUUUGGAGCCGCCAAGGCCAACGUUUGGCAUAAGUGGGACAAGCGCACAAUGAUGUACCCCACCUACAGGCCUACAGCAUCGGAGCAUCAGCCGGUGCAUGUAGCUUUCCUGACCGACUGUGCUAUGUAUUCUGAUUGGCAAAGUGUGGGCAUGGCGUUCAGCUUUAAGAUGUCAGGCCAACCUGGAAGUGUGAUCCGGGUUAUGUGUUGCUCGGAAAAGGACAGAAAGAACUACAACAAGGGUCUCUUAACAAUGGUGGACACCUGGGUGGCACCAGAUAUGUCACGCAGUCCGCGAAACGGCGACCGGUAUGCCGCCUAUAAUAAACCUGAGGCGGUUCUUGAUUGGCUUGACCACCAAGUUCCAAAGCACGAAUAUGUCUUGGUUUUGGACUCGGACAUGGUGCUUCGUCGGCCUUUCUUCAUUGAAGAGUUGAAUCCUAAGAGGGGGCUGGCGAUUGGAGCUCGGUAUACCUACAUGAUUGGUGUGGCUAACGAGCUAGCAGUUCGUCAUAUUCCACACGUGCCUCCACGGAACGAUACCCUUGCGGGACCCUAUGGUCGCCGAGCUGACCAAGCUUACCGUCUGUCCGGCGACGUGUACGCUGUCAAUCCUGGUGACCGUCCUUGGAUUUCAGAAAUGUAUGGUUAUGCUUUUGGAGCAGCAAACCACAAUGUCUGGCAUAAGUGGGACACGUUUUCCAUGAUCUACCCUGGUUACGAGCCCCGGGAGGGUAUCCCCAAGUUAAUGCACUAUGGACUCCUGUUUGAGGUUGGGAAAAACUACUCGUUCGAUAAGCAUUGGCACUACGACUUCGACGUCACAAAAUGCCCGCCAUGGGACCUGAAAGACCCCAAGCGCCGAAGCCAAGGUAUCUUCCCGGAGCCGCCCCGUCCUAGCUCGCUUCCGAAGGGCGACUUCCUGGGCUUUUACCGCGACCUCCUGGCCAUUGAGACCCUGGCCACCUUAAAUGCUGCGUUCUGUGAUUACCACAUUUCGCACUGCCCUCCUUCGGAGCAGCUGGUGACUGUGUGCAAAGAGCCUUUAUAAUGAAGCUCGCGAGUACAUAAAGGAAGCGGAAUCGCAUUACGACUGUCAGAACUUCCAUCCCAAGUGCGAGGAGUGGGCCAAGACAGGCGAGUGUGAUAAGAACCAGGGGUAUAUGACGGAGACCUGCCGUAAGGCAUGCAACCGUUGCAGCCAGCAGAACAUGUAUUUUCCGGAAACAAGCACCAAGGACCUGGAGGACAAGUUAGCAAAAAUGGCCAAGGAGCUGCAGCCGCUAGCAGAAGACCCUGAUCAGCAGAAAGGGGCAACCGGUGUAUCACCAGCAGACAGCUCCAGUCCGGUUGUCGUUCCUAAGCAGGAGCAGCCAGUCGUGGUUGUACCGCGGAACAUGAAGCCCACGGAACAGGCUUCACCGUUGCCCAGCCCUUCGCCUGUCCACUCGCCACCGCCCAGCCCGCCACCGCACUCACCCCCACCGAGCCGGCCACCACAUUCACCACCACCAAGCCCGCCGCCAUCAUCGCCGCCGCCGAACCCACCGCCGCCUAGCCCACCUAAGGUCCAGAGCGAAAAACAGCUCCUGGUUAAGGAUUGCGUGAAGGCUGCCAAGCAGGGUAUUGCUUAUGAGCCGAAGCAAACGACUGCCGGAGGCUCCCAAGCAUCAUCGGGGGAAUCGGCGGAUGGGGCUGAGGGCGUUGGGCAAAAAGACUUGACGCGUGUUGGCCGGGUCAUUGAGCGUGACCUUGAAGACUUGACAUUGACUCAGCAAGACGUCAAAAAAGGUGCGGCGCCUGUGCUGGACCCGCCGGUGGUUGGCCCCUCGUUGCACGCGCUGCUUGGUCGUCUCAACAAGUGGCAAGCGUUGCUGAUUUGGCUCUUGGUGGUGGCUGCCUUCCUUGCUAUCAUGCCGCGAAUCGCACGCCUACGGCGGCGCGCUCGAUCAGGAAUGCGCACUGAGUAAGCAGCGGGAUGUUUGGCGCUUUUAUGAAUGCGCUAGAAUUUGACCGUAGCAUUAAGACCAUUUUUGGCGCCUCGUCCGAUUAGAAAAAGGUUGGCUCGAGCCGCAUGAGAACUGAGGCGAGGGGGUUAGUGCCUGACCAGGGCGUGGAAGAUUGCGAUUGCAUCAUUGACCCAGGCAUAUAGCUGACAGUUAGGAUAAUAGGUUGCAAAAUGUCAGGCCGCGUCGAGUGGGAGGGUUAUAUUGGUUUCUUAACACGUGACCUUUCAUCCUUCUUGGUGUGAUGCUGCUUCCGUGUUCGGUUUGGUUCAUGCAGCAGGUGACAUUACCUAGCAUGCAGUACGCGCCUGUAGCGGCAGGGCAAUAGGAGUAAUGCCGGUGUACCU